GUUUCGCUAGGUCGAAGCCACCGACGCCGUGAGUGGGAUAACAAUUCAUAGUUGUACAUCGGCGCGGACUCUUGCCAGCUGAGGUCAAUCAGGAUCGCGCUAGUUUCGGGACAUCAUUGGCGGCGCGCCGGUUUGUGGUCUAGAACCAGUGGCUACGACACUUGCGGCCUAGUCCUAUCAGCUGACGUCCACGGGUGCUCAAUGAAGGGUUGGGUCCGAGGCACGCCUUCCGGAGGACGGGAUUGUCGGAGUGGACGGAUUUGUAUAAGUUGAGCCCCAUCUGCACAAAGGGGUGUCCAUCAGCAAGAGCAGCCAGCUCAAUCACUCGUCGAUCGUCUAGUCGUCUGCAGUGCUGUCACCUCAGCAGAUGGCCUUGGCUCGUGGUCAUGGCCUGCUGGCCAUCUCUGUCCUGACCUUCAUUGCCUCUGUUCACUCCCUUCCAAACAGUCUGGGCAGAAGGCAAGCCGAAGUAUACACCUCCAAGGGCUGCUAUGUCGACAACAGUGACGGCCAUCGCGCACUGUCGGCCGCCAACUAUGCCGACAACGGUAUGACCGUCGCGUCAUGUGCUGCCUUCUGCUCCAGGUACAAGUACUUCGGCCUCGAGUUUGCCCGCGAAUGCUAUUGCGACAACACCAUCUCGUCCGCCGCCACCAUCGCAGACAAUUCCGAGUGCUCGUUCCCUUGCGCCGGUGAUGCCACUGCCACCUGUGGCGCCGGCGACCGCCUCUCCGUGUACGAGAACACUGCGCCUGCAUCUGGGCCUGCUCCUGCCGAGCUGGACGGCAUUUCUUACGCCGGAUGCUUCCACGAGGCGCCCGGUCGAGCUCUACCUUUCAGGGGUACCUCAGCACCUGACAUGACGGCUGCCAAAUGUGCCGAGCACUGCACUGGCUACGCUUACUUUGGCACCGAGUACGGCUCCGAGUGCUAUUGCGGCAACGAAGUCCCAACCGUCGCCGCUCCCGAGUCCCAGUGCUCCAUGACAUGCUCGGGAGAAAGUUCUCAGCUCUGCGGCGCUGGCGGCAGGUUGAACGUGUACGGACCAGUUCCCGUUGCUUCGACCCCCGUUGAGCCCGUCGGCAAUUACGUCUACCAGGGCUGCUACACAGACAGUCCCCAGCGCGUCCUCAGCGGCAGCGCGCUGCACGACGACCACAUGACGCUAGAGAUGUGUGCGGCAGCCUGCAGCUCAUACGCUUGGUUCGGUGUUGAGUACAGCAAGGAAUGCUAUUGCGGCACCGAUCUGUCGUCGUCGAGCGUCGAGAAGCCACAGAACGACUGCAACAUGCCGUGCGGGGGCAACAGCGGCCAGAUGUGCGGCGCCGCGAACCGUCUCGGCGUCUUCCACAACCCUUCGCUGGGCGGCAACCCGGGUGGUUCACCCUCUCAAGUCGGCGAGUUCACAUACAAAUCGUGCUGGGCCGACAGUGUCUACGACAGGUCCCUAAACGGGGCCAGUUACGCCACCGACGAUAUGACGCUCGGAAGCUGCGCGGCAUUCUGUACGGACUUCGCCUUCUUCGGCGUCGAAUACUCUCGGGAGUGCUACUGCGGCAACACCGUUUUGGGCGCGGCGGCCGACGAGAAGGAUUGCAGCAUGCUUUGCGCAGGCGACAGCUCCACUUACUGCGGCGGUCCUGGCCGGCUGAACCUGUACGAGAAGGAGCCCGAGACCGGGCCCGACCCGCCCAGUGAUACAUGCCCGGGAACCCCGGAAGCGUCUUCGGCAGUCCUCGUCAACGGGGCCUUUGAGUGCGGCUUUGAAACGGAGCCAUGGGUUAUCAGCACUGCGAUUGGCGGCGGGGCAGGGGCUCAGAUUGAACCGUCGAGUGGCUCCUCUGCGCUUGAGGUUUUCGUCGACUACUUGAUGUUUGACCGGGAGGAUGGCAACAUUUACAUCUACCAGACCCUCAACACUGUCCCAGGUCAGAUAUACCGCCUUUCGGUUGCUGUUAUGAAGCAAAAAUGGGCUACCGACAGCGAUGGCCGUGGGUUAGAAUGGAGUGUCGAUGUCAAUGGGGAGUACUUUGCGUACGGGGGUUAUGAGGAGGGCGAAUUUCCCUGGACCACGUUUACGGUGACGUUUACAGCCUUGGGUUCGGACAUGGUCCAGAUUCGGAUCUCUGGGGACCCCAGGGCGUCCGUCCUCUUUUGGUUUGACAACUUUGUCAUUACCAAGGCCGUCGCGCCGCCACCUCCACAACCUGCAUAAUGUUUGGAUGAGGAUUGAUAGUGUGUCUGUCCCACGCUCUGCAGAUGGGUUCUGCAGGCUUCUUUACCAAUCAGGUAGCUCAAUAUUGUGUGAAGCCAGAUCAAUGCAAUGUGACAAC